AUCCCAAGCACUCUUCAAUCCCAAAGCCCAAAGCUUUAGGCUUUGGGCUCUCUUUGCAUCUCCCACUCUCCGGCCAUCUCUUCUCAUUACACUUCCCUGCUUCAGCUUCAGAGACCCACAGAAACUAACCCAUGCCCAACAGGAUUCUUGUGACAAUGUCGUCGCAAGAUACUAGCUUUGACUCUGGGUCUUCGGACUCCAGCGUCAGUGACCUGAGGAGGCGCCGGCGGGAUACCAGGCCUCGGCCUUGGUUGACCAACAGCGUCCUCCGAGGACGGUCCCCUUCUCCUUCUGGUGCCGACGGCAGCAUGGAUGCCCCCAUGUUGUCGGACGUCACCACUGUGCCACUUGCCCCUACCCUGCCACCCUCCGUCCCCGUCGUUCCGGAUCGUGAGGGAGCACCGAGUAGGGACGACAACACCAAAAAAGAGCGAGAUUCGUCUCGUCUCUCCCGCGCCGCCGCGAAGGCCAAGACUACGGUCAAGGCCCUAGCAAAGGCGGCCGGGUCAAAGAUCCCCCGCUGGGUGGGUCUUAAAGGUGUUGCGUCCCGAAAGGGCUCCUCUCCAUCCAUUGAUGGGGAGGACAUGGCGCAGGGUGGGGGCAAGCCCGCCACGUCUCCCACCGGCACAGGGGAGACAACCUCCGCGUCCCGGCUUCCGGUUCGCGCCAAGGAUUCGCUCGUUGGGCGACGGCCUGCCGCAGGGCAGGUACGAUUCAACGAGCCCCUUGGUGCUCAUGCCGUGUCGACCAGGGACAAGGGGGUCGGCAAACGUGGGACUGGGGGCUCUCGUGGGGCUGGGGGUGUUGGUGGGCGCGGGCUGCGCGGACAAGGUCCGGCGGAGCCGAACCAGAGUUGCUUUGGGCCGGAGCCCAUCAGGACCCAUCGUCGUGAGUAUCAACUCACGUCGAUCCUGAAGCACCGGCCUGGACGCUCUGGGGAGGCUCCGGCGGCGAAGGCGGCUGCCCCGACUUCUUCUUCUUCGCGGUGGUACAACCGCGGAAAGAAGGAGAAGUUGGGGAAGAAGGUGUUUGUGCUGCGGCGGCCGACUUUCCAGUCGCCCGCCCGUUGCUUCCCAAAGACCCUGUACAAGGGUUGGGUUUGUGACGGGUGUGGCCUGGAGCGGUGCAACUGUCCGGCGACCCGCGCCGAGGGGAAGUCACUCCAUGUCAAUAGAGUUGACUGGUUGGUGAAGCAGCUCCAGUUCGGUUACGACUACCUGGAGCUGUCAGGAGGCAUGUGGUGCGGUGAGAUGAAUGACCCAUUGCUUGACCUUUGAUUAGGUCUUCCAUAAGCUUUGUGGUCGGCACCAUGCCUCCCAGAAGGAUGAUGGCGGAGGAGGCUGACAUGGCUGGUUGACGUUUUCGGGAGGGCUAUUCCUGAUAACUGAUCCUGUCUUGUUGGCCGUGGGAGUCUUGGGCCGCCGGGGCUCUCACUGGAUGGACUUUGCUUUUUGUUGUUGUAGAUAGGUCAGGCUAUGCGCUGGAGCAGGAAAGGUAUGUUCAAAAAGGGGCCAGCCAUCCUUGCAAUCGAGCACCUUGUCUUUUUGUCAUGUAUAUAGCUGCGCACAGAAAACACAAAAUCGCUGAUGGGACUUGACGGAGUACCUGAAGCACCAAAAAAAGAAGAAAAGCUCACAAAAUCAUACUCAAAAGGUGGGGAGCGGGUUGGAUUAGAUAGUUGUGGCCAUUUUUGCUUUUUGCUUUUGCUUUUGCUUUUCACAGAAAACACAAAAUCGCCGAGGGUACUCGACAGAGUAUCCGAAGCACCAAAAAAAGAAGAAAAACUCACAAAAUCAUACUCAAAAGGU